AUGUCAGAAUUUGUGCCCUUUCCUGGUAGGAUUCUUUACCCCUCCAGAGAAUUAGCUCGAAUGCGUCUUGAUCUUAUUUCCCGUGUAAAUAAUUUAGCAAUGCGGGACAGACGUAUUAAGCGUCUUAUCGAUAUCCAUAGUCGCUUUCCGCCCAAUGUAAAACUUCUCAACGAACAGCUUUUCACUCUUUUAGAUGAGGAGUUGUUAAAUAAUGCUAGAGAAUAUCAGGGAUUGAAUCAGUCCUCAACAGAAUCCACUCCUGGUGUAUAUCAAAAAAGGAAGUCACAUGAUGCUGAAUCAGACCUUAACAAUAAGCGGAGAAAGAUAGGAGCUUUGGCUGAAAGUGCCUAUUUCUCAAUGAAUCACAGCAGUAUGGCAUACUUUAUAUGUAUCUAUGUAUAA